AGACAAACCCCAAAAACCAAUAACAGAACAAACUCAACUUUUUCUUUUUUUUUAAAAAAAAAAAAAAAAAAAAAACUUCUCUCUUUUUCUCUCUUUUAAAACAUUUGUUCUAUGGACACAGAGGAGACUCCAUCGACACCGGUAACGCCGGGGACGCCCGGGGCUCCGCUGUUUGGACGAGUGAAGGAAAAUCGGCAUGGAAGUGAGAAUGGUAAAAGAUCUCUUCUCAAAAGCUGCAUCUCUUUCAAUGUUGAUGAUAAUUGGGGCACUGAAGAAGGAGGCUUAUCUAAACUAGUCUCUUCUUGUUCAUUGCCAUACCCUCCUGUCUCACUUGCAAGGAAGGUGGGAGCGGAGUUCAUAGGCACUUUGAUCCUCAUCUUUGCCGGAACCGCCACGGCCAUUGUGAACCAAAAGACGGAAGGAACCGAAAUGCUGAUCGGCCUGGCAGCCUCCACCGGCCUUGCGGUGAUGAUCGUGAUCUUGUCCACGGGUCACAUCUCCGGAGCCCACUUGAAUCCGGCCAUCACCAUUGCUUUUGCUGCAUUGAAGCAGUUUCCAUGGAAAUAUGUGCCAGUGUAUAUUGGAGCUCAAAUGGUGGCUUCUUUAUGUUCUUCUUUUGCAUUGAAAUGGAUGUUUGAUCCCAUAAUGGGAGGAGGAGCCACUGUUCCUUCAUGUGGAUAUGCCCAAGCUUUUGCUCUUGAGUUUAUCAUUAGCUUCAACCUCAUGUUCGUCCUCACCGCCGUCGCUACUGACACUCGAGCUGUGGGAGAGUUGGCGGGAAUCGCGGUGGGAGCAACAGUUAUGCUCAAUGUACUCAUUGCUGGACAAGCAACUGGAGCUUCAAUGAAUCCAGUAAGAACACUGGGGCCAGCCAUUGCUGCAAACAACUUUAAAGCCGUAUGGAUUUACCUCACAGCUCCCAUAUUAGGGGCAUUGUGUGGAGCUGGAAUCUACACUGCAGUUAAGUUGCCCGACAAAGAUGGCGAUUCACGCUUGCCUUCUACUGCAGGAAGCUUCCGAAGAUGACAACAGAUUGAUCUCCCGAGCUACCUAAAAAAUCCAGAAAACAUGUUGAUCAUCAAAUCGUUGAGACAACUUCGAAAUCAGGAAAGAUUGAUAAGAUGGAAAAAACGAGACCAAAUGUAUGUUCAGUAGUAAAUACACAACACAAUGUCUAUGGACAGGCUGCAAAUAUUGAUCUUGUGUAUGAUAGUUAAGUUAACCAAAGGAUUUCCAGAUUUUAACCAAAGGAAAA